AUAAGUACCUAAAGAGUAUAAAAGAUUAGAAAUAAUAUAAUUCGAGUAGUCCGUAACAAUAACUUUACGGAAUCAUGAAGCUCUUCAUCUUCGUUUUGUCUCUGAUAUCUCUGGGAUUCGCAGACGACGAGAUCAAUUCCCGGUACUUCCCCGAAAACUUCAAAUUUGGCGUUGCCAAUGCUGCCCCCCAGAUCGAGGGUGGCUGGCUAGAAGACGGCAAAACCGAAACCGUCUGGGACCAUUUCGCCCACACCCGUCCGGAGAUGAUCGUCGACCGUUCCACUCCCGACAUCGCUUGCGACUCCUACCACAAAUACAAAGAAGACGUGGCCAUGGUGAAAGCCAUGGGACUGGACUACUACCGCCUGUCCAUCGCCUGGGCCAGAAUCUUACCCACGGGAUACCCUGACAAGAUAAACCAGGCCGGAGUGCAAUACUACAAGAACUUGUUUGCCGAACUGAAAGCUGUCAACGUGGAGCCCAUGGUGACGCUUUACCACUGGGAUCUUCCUCAAUCCUUGGAGGAUGAGCUUGGAGGUUGGUUGAACGAAACUGUGGCGGAUCUCUUCGCGGAAUACGCGAGGCUGUGCUUCGAACUCUUUAAAGACGACGUGAAGAUGUGGAUCACCAUCAACGAACCGAAACAGGUCUGCCAGGCUGGAUAUGGUACUGGAUUUUUUGCUCCUGGCGUAGUUUCCAAUGGGGUGGGAGAGUACAUCUGCACCAAAAAUGUGAUUUUGGCCCACGCCAAAGCCUACCACAUCUACGACAACGAAUUUAGGGCCGCCAGUCAAGGAAGAGUUGCUAUGGUCGUCGACACGACAUGGUUCGAACCCGCAAGUGACAGUGCAGAAGAUCAAGAAGCGUCUGAAAGAGCCCUCCAAUUCAACUUGGGCCUCUACGCCAACCCUAUCUUCAUCGGCAAUUGGCCUCAGGUGGUGAUAGACAGAGUCGCACAACGCAGUGCAUUGGAAGGAUUUGCUACUUCUCGCCUCCCUGCCUUCACCGAAGAGGAAAUCGCUUAUGUCAAGGGUACCUAUGAUUACCUGGCGCUGAACCACUACGCUACCAAUAUGAUUAACGCCACCUCAGACGCACCAAUUGCCGAUCCAGCUUAUUGGAAGGAUAUCAGCGUCGUGACAUGGAAAAAGCCAGAAUGGCCUAGCGGCUCUGCUGAUUGGUUUGGCGUUGUUCCAUGGGGUUUGAGACAUCUUCUUGUGUGGCUGAAGAAGACUUAUGGUGAUGUUGAAAUCGUCAUCACAGAAAAUGGUCUUUCAGAUACCACGGGAAUAAUGGAAGAUGACCACAGAAUAUCAUACUACCAGGGCUAUUUGAGCGCUUGCUUGGACGCCAUCUACGAAGAUGGAGUCAACUUGUCGACCUACACGGCUUGGAGUAUUAUUGAUGAUUGGGAAUGGACCGGAGGAUACACUUCAUUCUUGGGUAUGUACUACGUCAACUUCACGGAUCCAGAAAGAACCAGGAUUCCAAGAAAGUCUGCUAGUUGGUUCACAAACAUGGUCGCCACACGUUGCCUGGUUGACACUUGUACAAAAUAAAAAGUUUCAUUUACUAUAUUUUUAAAUAAAAGGGUUCAAAUGUU